AUGGUUAACCACUGGCUUACGCAGGCGCAGACGGGGGCCCUGGUGGCCCGGGAAGAAGACGGAGCGGAGCUGGCUGCUGCUAGCAGCAGCAGCAGCGGCAGCAGGCGCAGCAGCAGCAGCAGCAGCAGCAGCAAUACCAAGAAUAAAACAACCCCACCUGUUGCUGCAGCUUUGCUCUCACUCAAGUGGCGUCAGCACCCUUCGUUGCUGCUUUGUCUUUCUCUGUCUUGUCUCCUUUUUCUUUCCUUCUUCCCCUUUACACUUGCAGCUAGCGAUAGCCUGCAGCAGCAGCAGCAGCAGCAGCAGCAGCAGCAGGUGUUGCAGAAGCAGCUGAACGAGCAGCAGCAGCAGCACGAGCAGCAGCAGCAGGAGCAGUUGCGGCUGGCGGCAGAGCAGCAGAGGUACGUGGAUCAGGUGCAGCUUCAGCUGCAGGAGCUGCAGCGGCAGCAGCAGCAUCUGCUGCUGCUGCAGAAGGAGAGGCUCAGCGACCUGCAUAAACAGCAGCAGCUGCAGCAGGCGAUUGAGCAGCAGCUGCAGCACCACCGCCAGCACCUUGCCUGGCUGGAGCUGCACCUGAGUCUGUUGCCGGUGGAGCAGCAGCAGAAGCUGCAGCUGCAGCUGCAGCAGCUGCAGCUGCAGCUGGAAUACCUGCAACAGCAGCAGCAGCAGCAACAGCAGCAGCAGCAGCAGCAGCAGCAGCAGCAGGGGAGCAGAAUGCCUCUAAACGUUGAGGAGACACAAGCAGUGCAGGAGGCUGCAGCGCCCCAUGAGGGCCUGCAUAAGUCUACAGCUAGAGGAGAAGAUGCAGAAGACUCCGCUGCUGUAGCAGCAGACGAAGGGAUGUGUGCGUGGAUGUUUGAAACCCUCAUUGCUCACUUCAGGGGGGGCGCUGAUCCUUCUCCCCCUGCAUCAGUGUUGUCUCUGCAUAGCCGGGGUACCCAUACCUAUCAUGAAACUCAGUNUAGAGAAGAAAACCUAGAACUCAGGGGCUGCAUUGGCUCCCUCAGACCCAUACCUAUCAUGAAACUCAAGGAUUACGCACUGAGGAGCGCUCUGCAGGAUUCUCGUUUCAGCCCCGUAGCAGCAGAAGAGCUGCCUGAAUUGAAGUGCCACGUCUCCCUGCUGCACAGCUUCGAGCCUGCAAAAGAUAUAUAUGAUUGGGAGGUCGGGGUGCACGGCAUCAUCAUCAAGUUCACGGUUCCUAGCAGAACGGGAUCGCGAAGGUAUGAGGCGACGUAUCUGCCGGAGGUUGCAGCGGAGACAGGGAUGACGAAGGAGGAAACAAUUAUUUCUUUGGUGAAGAAGGCGGGGUAUACUGCAGGGCCCAUCGACGAUGAGCUGCUUUCGCGUAUUUCUUUAGAGAGAUAUAAAUCCUCUCAGUCUCGCCUAGACUAUACAACAUAUAAAAAAAAAUAUGCAGCACAAGGGUCUAGGGUUUAG